AUGCCCUUCAGCCUCUGGAUCACGGACGUCGUCUGCUCGGGGCUAUUCGCUGCCGACUUUCUUUUCCGAGGCGUUUAUCUCUCCAGUCGUCGUCGAGACUACAUGACCUCAUUCCCGGGUCUGGUAACUCUCGCCGUUGUGCUGCCCGUGCUUCCCACGUCGUUCUUCCUUCAAAACCACACUCUCUGGCAUGGCAUCUCCAACUGGCGCUUCGUAUACCCGCUGCGGUUCCUCAUGUGCUACGUGGAAGCCAAAGCUGUGCUGAGUCGCUGUCAUGGCCUCAUGUCACCUGUCCAGCAGUUCGCGAUGCUCUGCUAUCUCCAGCUGACGAUCAUCAUUGCAGUCGCUGCUGGAGUCAUUCAGAUCGCGGAGACUGCCGACGACAAGUACGCGAGCGGGAAUCUCGGCGAGUGGACGUUCUUCAACUCGUUCUUCAACUCGGUGCUCGCGUUCGUGACCAUCCAGUCUCCUCCUGCCGAUAACCCACUGGCUAAGGUUUGUGUGGGCGCGCUCGUGUUGGUCCUCAUCUUGGUUGUUCCGUACCAAGUGUCCCAGAUCCUGGCGCUCGGCAGCUCCUUCUCUCCGUACGAACUCGCGAGCCACACACCGUCACCGACUAUCAAGCACAUAAUACUAUGCGGAGACCUGACUCCGUCACGCAUCGACCAUUUCUUUCGAGAGGUUUUUCACGACGACCACGAUCUGGCUGAUAUCAACGUUGUUGUGUUGAGCGAGGAGGAGCCAGCCACGUCGCUUAUCGCGCUGCUGAUGGACCCUUUCUUCGAGAAGCGAGCGAGUUUUAUCCAAGGCUCGUUACUGGAUGUGGACGAUGCGCAGCGAGCAGCUUGUGCUUCGGCCGACGCCAUCUUUAUCCUCGCACGGCGCGUUGCAGGGGAGUCUCCCGCCAGUAGCGACCACCGAGCACUGAUGCGGCUUCUUGCAGCUCGCCGUGAAGCCCCCAACGCUCGAGUGUUUGCGCAGCUUCACUUGUCAGCAAACCGAGGCCUUGUAGCCGACUUGGGGGUGUCAAAUGUGCUCUGCUUCUCGGAAGUGAUGCACUCGUUGCUCGGUCAGAACUGCGUGUGUCCUGGGUUCUCGACCUUCAUGUACAGUCUCACGUCCACCUCCAGCUACGUUACAAGCGGGGACUAUGACGAUCCUCCAGAAGCUGAUGCCUCAUGGGAAGAUCGGUAUUUACACGGCUCGAGUCACGAGGUUUACUCGGUAGAGUUGCCUCCAGCCUGUGUGGUGUACGGUAAAACGUUCUCGGAAGUGGCGUCUCUCGCCUACGCGCAAUGCUCCGGAGUGAUUGUGUUUGCCAUCACCACAGCGCAGUCGUCCAAGGACAAGGGAGGCAAGUUGCUGUUGAACCCUGGAGACUCGUACACGUGCAUUGGAGCCGAGACAGUCUUUGUGAUUGCGCAAGAUCGACGCGAAGCGAAUGCCGUGACUGGAAUGCACAACAGUGACACCAUGCCAGAAGCCUGGACGUCUCAACGUCGAGGAUCCAAGUCCAGACACCUCUCACGUGGAGGAAGUGCCCGAGUCAAGUUGGCUUCAACGACUGGAAGCAGCACUGGAAACGACACACCUCGCAGCUCAGGAGAUUACGAACUUUCAUCGCCUCAUCGACGGCAAUCGAGGUUCGUGAACUGGCAAACCGAAGCGACAAGUCCUGCGUCAUCGUUUAGUCAGGACCACAAGAGCACUUGGAAACCGGAAGACGAGGAAGAAGAGCAAGGUGACCCUCUCACUGUCAAGACAAGUGGACUCGUUUCUACACCUGAACUGGACCCGUUCGGCCCACCAGAAGCAGCAGUUGUUCAGGACGUGGCCUCUUUGAGCUUGGAGACUGGCCACAUUGUGGUCUGCGUGCUCUCGCCUUUGUCGUUCCCUCAUCAUCUCGAGUACUUGAUUGGCCCGCUGCGAGUGCGUGCACUACGACAACACCGUCCUGUAGUAAUCGUGACUGCAACGCUGCCUGAAGUGGACGACUAUGAGCAGUUCCAGCGCUUCCUGGGCGUUAACUUUGUGGUGGGAGAUCCAUUCCGUCAUCGCACGCUACGACGAGCUGGGAUUCACGACGCAUUCCGUAUCGUCCUGAUGGGGGGCGAAGGCGAAGUCUCGGACGCUGGCACGUCAGAACUUCUCCAAGAUGCCGCUUGCAUCGCGCUUCACAAGACGAUCGUGACCCUGAUCGGCCCCUCGCGAGCACCUCGUAUCAUCACAGAGCUCGUAAACCGCGCGAAUGUCCACUUUGUGGCGCAGAAUCUCACCGCGAGUGGCUGGUUUCCACUCGCGGAGUGCGACUCUGCUGCUGCGUCCGCCUCUUCGCUCGAGUUGGCUCGCAACUUUGCCGUUUCUCCUGCUUUCGCGUCUGGACUCACGUACAGCACGUCGCUUUGCGAUAGCUUGCUCAUCAACCAGUUUUUCAACGCGCGCAUCAAGAACAUCCUGCGUGAAUUCAUCUUCGCCUCUUGGACGGAAGGUGGAGUGGGUACACUUCCUAGCUCUCCUGCUGGAGGCUUUGGAGAAGCGCUUGCGUCUCCAACGUUGUCCUCGACGUCAGCGAUGGACGUUCAACGCAGCUCUCUCUUCGCCGUGGAGGUGCCGCUGGACUUUGUGGGUCGCACCUUCGAGUUUGUCUUCCACUACUUGCUGUCGUCGGAUGGUAUUCUCGUCAUUGGACUGUAUCGCUGUCGUCCCGAUGUUAUGCUGCAUGCGUCUGCUGUGCACUCACUCAGCGAAGGCCAGUGGACGAAAACUGCCACGAGGGCCCGUAUCGAAGUAUCUGAGAGCGAACGGAGUGUCCCGUUCGGCUACGUGUACGUGAACCCGCAGCCGCAUGAGGUACUCACCGGCAACGAUCUGCUUUACGUGCUAUCGGACAUUCAGCCAUGCUGGGCGGACCCAGAUAUGGAGUAG